UUUUUUGAUUUUUGUAGGUUAUGUUUAUCAUUCCAAGUGCGGACACCGCAGUAGCAUUUUCAACAUGUUAAACAAAAUAAAAAAUUGGAAGCCCGUUGAGAUAGACGGUAAUUUAUUUAAUGCUGGUGCGGAAGGUUUGGUUGGAAUCGAAGAAUGUACCGAUUACGAUUUGGGUGACAUUGUUAAAAAUAAAAAGAGUAGUAAAAAAAAGAAACGUAACAAUAAAGUUUCAAAACAAAAUGCAAUGAAAACGGAGAUAAAUGGAAAAGAUACAGAAAACACAGAUUUUCACCCAUCCAAAUGUGGAGACACCUCAUUGAGUAGUGUUACUGAAGAAGUUGAGACAGUCGACACUUCAGCUUGGAGUAACUAUGGAUUACCUCAAAGUAUUUUAAAAGCUUUAGGAGAACUGAAAUUCUUAGAACCAACAGAAAUUCAGUCUCUAACUUUGCCUGCAGCAAUAUUAGGACGAAAAAAUGUGUUGGGAGCUGCUGAAACUGGUAGUGGCAAGACUUUGGCAUUUGGUUUGCCAAUUUUAACUGGAAUUUUAAAAAUUAAGGAAAAAGAGACCAACAAUGCAGAAGAGGUGCCAGAAUCUUCUGAUGAAGAAAUGGAAUUAGAUGGGGAUGGCAUGGGUUGUGUAAAUGCUGUAAAACUUAAUAAAAAGCCAGAAAAGCCUUUGUAUGCUCUGAUAUUAACCCCUACAAGAGAAUUAGCACUGCAAAUUAAGAAACAUCUAACACUAGUGGCUAAACAUACAGGGAUAAAUAUUGCUGUUGUGGUGGGUGGAAUGGCAGCUGUAAAGCAAGAACGGAUUUUAGGCAAAUCACCUGAAAUUGUUGUGGCAACACCUGGUAGAUUAUGGGAGUUGAUUCAGCAAGGAAAUGAACAUUUAUCAAAAAUUGAUAACAUUAGAUUUCUAGCAAUUGAUGAAACCGAUAGAAUGUUGGAACGUGGUCAUUUCCAAGAAUUGCAUGAUUUAAUAGAAAGAAUUAAUUUGGAUGAGGAAAAAAAGAAAAAGAGACAGAAUUUUGUAUUUUCAGCCACAUUAACAUUAGUACAUGAUUUGCCAAAGCAUUUGGCAAUUAAAGGCAAAGUGAAAUCUAAGAAAAUAAAUGAUAUGACUCCAGAACAGAAGCUGCUUAAAAUUGUAAAUUCAUUAGGAAUAGAAGAUCCCAAAAUUGUAGACAUUACUAAGGGGUCGGGAACAUCGUCUACACUUACUGAAUGUCGCAUAACAUGUGCCAUUGAUCACAAAGAUUAUUAUGUUUACUACUUUUUGCAAAAACAUCCAGGCAGGACUUUAAUAUUUUGCAAUUCAAUAGGCUGUGUCAAAAGACUUACAAAUUUACUUACAUUAUUGGAAUGUAAUCCCUUACCUUUACAUGCUUCAAUGCAACAAAGGCAAAGAUUGAAGAACUUGGAUAGAUUUACGGAAAAUGAGUUGGGAGUUUUAAUUGCAACAGAUGUAGCUGCAAGGGGGUUGGACAUACCCAGGGUGGAACAUGUUCUGCACUAUCAAACUCCCAGAACUAGUGAAAGUUAUGUACAUAGAUCUGGUAGAACAGCUAGAGCAUCAAAGGAAGGCAUCACUGUGUUACUCAUUGAACCAACUGAGCUUCCAAACUAUUUAAAGCUUUGCAAGACUUUAGGAAAAGACCAAGAUUUGCCAAUAUUCCCAGUGGAGGAUAACUAUUUAAAUGCUGUAAAAAUGAGAGUAAACUUAGCAAGGGAGUUAGAUAAAAUUGAGUUACAUGUGAGGAAAGCAAAUUCUGAAGCUGGUUGGCUACAAAAAGCUGCAGAAGAAAUGGAUAUUAUUGUUGACAAUGAUUUAUCUCAAUUUGAUUCUAAGGAAGUGAGAAAGAAUAAGAAGCUUGCUGAUUUAAAACGGAAACAGUUAACAUCUUUGUUGGCCAAACCCAUAUUUCCAAAAGGAUUUAGUGGAAAAUAUCCCUUGGCUACAGGCGAAUUAGUAAUGCCCAUGAUUCAGAGUGAAAUCAAAGAGAAAGCUGUUGAUAUAAUGAAGGCUGCAGCUGAAACAUACAAAGCUAAUAAGAGUAAGUUUGUCAAACUGUACAAAGGAAACAAAAACAAGAAGGAGAGGCGGGAAGGAGUUAUUAAGUUACCCAAAUUUAAGAAAGAGAGCAAAGGAAAAAAGAAAUUUAAACGAAGGUCUUAAUUUGUAACUUGUUUAUAUUUUAUUAAAAAACUCUAUUAAAAAAGUCUUUUAUUAAA